CAUCCACAACACCGUAUAUAUAGGUACCUUAUUGUUUACAAAUUGGUGUGCAAAUAUUCGCUCACAUGGCACAGAUGUGGCCACUGUACGAGUGGUUCCAGUAAUCUCCGUCUCGGCCUCCGAUUAGAAGUGCAGAAACAUCGAUGUGUGCGUCAAUCGAUGUUUAAAAAAAAAACAUCGAGUGAAACAUCGAUGUUUCAAAAAUAAAACAACUGGAAUUUAACAAUAUGACAAGAUUUUAUUCGAGAUCUGUGAUAAACAAAUAAAUAAAUAAAGUAUGUUAGUACAUUAUAUGUUAUUCCGAAUAUUUUAUCAAUAACCUAAUAAAAGAAGGUCUUGGCGCCAAUUGGAUGCAACGUGACUUAAUUUUUUGCGCCAAUUUAAAAAUGCAUGUGUGUAAGUAAAUUUGCAGCUUGGACUGCAAUGAUUAAAAACUUACUAUUCAGGUAGUUGUCUGUCCUGCAUCUAUCUACAUUAACCAGCACCACGACUAGAAACCCUACAUUGAAUUAAAUAUUUAGUUAAUUAUAAAAAAAAACAAUUGAAAACUUCUCUUACAAUUUCUUUGUUUGCUGCCACUAAGCCCAAAGUUGUGUGAAAAAACAUCGAUGGUGGCCCACAAACCAUCGAUGGUUCCGAUGAAUGGCAAACAUCGAUAACAUCGAUGACUCACUCGAUGUUUCUGCACCUCUAUGAUGAGGACAUGAAUUUAUCUUUCUCGGACAUUGAAAGGCAUUGAGAAAGCUCAUCGCAGAACUCCAAUGUUCCCAGCACGCGGAAGGUCUGGAAGGGUAAGAGCUAUUGAGAUCAAAGACUUGUUGAAUGAUUUUACUAAUAUAUUUUGACCUUUGUAAAACAGAUGCCAAUCCGCACAAGAAAAUGAAGUACGAACAGCACGAAAACGAAGAGAAUCUACGGCGCUGUUCUGUGGCUCUACUCGAAUUCUAUAAAUCGAGAUGUGUAAAGACGCGCAACAAAGCUUUAUACUUCCAACCAGAUAUAUCUUGUGUGCCCGAUUCGCCCGUUUGGUACUCCUCACAGGCGCUUAGCCCGGAUGCAUUGCAGCGAAUGCUGCAUCGAGUGAAGAUGAUUCAUGGAAUCAACUAACCCUAUUGACAACUUAAUGUAUAGUUAGACAGACCGACGAUACACGCAUACACAUUGUAUGUGAAAGGAUUAUUAAAAUAAACUAUACAGAUAGAUACAGUGUACAUAGAGCAUGUGGGCGUUAACAACACAAUACUCGAACCAUUUCCAGAUCAGCAAACGUGAUAAUAUUUACUUAAUAUAUACUUAACCUACCUACUCUUAAUAUAUUAAUAUACUAUAACUUGUAUAUACUACUAAAUUAUACACAUAUAUGUACAUAUGUAUGUAUAUAGAAAGUACUCACUCCUUAGACAGACUUGAAAUUAUUCCAAUUUAAAGAAUUAGAAAUGUCGAGAAAUUUCUAUUUAUUGUGAAUAAGUCAGGUGAAAUAUAAUAUAUUCAGAAGACAGCAAGAUACCAAAUUCAAUGCUUUAUUGAAAACUUAUGACCUUUUCGUUAAGGGUAUAGUUGCAGAGCAGGUUCUUCAGCGACUUGAAGAAAUUUGUCAACGGACUGUUUCGCUGAAGACCCAAAACAUCGCCGGGCAUCGGCUGCAGCUCAUGGCGCAUCGCAGAACUCCAAUGUUCCCAGCACGCUUAAGGUCUGGAAGGGUAAGAGCUAUUGAGA